GCUGUGCCGAGAUACCUUGUGCAUUUUUCCAUUAUCACAUAAACAAUUUUUCGAACAGGAUUCGAUACAUUGCAUUCUUUCAAUUUCUUAUAAUCAAUCAAACUACCACAAUCUCAAAUUUACAAUGCGUUUUUCAAUCAUCAUCGCUCUCUUGCCAUUGGCUCUUGCUGCACCAACUAAACGACAGCUCGACGGUCUUCUUGGGGGAGCAACAGGCACAGGAACAAACACCUCAACCGGUGGUGCUAGCACUGCUGCUGCUGGAGGGGCUGGAGGAUUGGAUGGACUUUUCAGUGGUUUGACAGGUGGUGCAAAUGCAGCUGGCACCGGGGCUACUACAGGCACGGGCGCUGCUGGUGGAGACCUUCUAUCUGGAUUAACUGGUGGUGCUUAGAGAUUUGAAGCUGGGAUGAGAAAGUGCGGGGCAGAGAGUGCCUGUGGAGUUAUGAAGGGAUCAGGAGAACUUUCACCUAUACCCUGUUAGAAAGAUUCAAUUUUAUAUUAGGAAACAAAUUAUUUCAUUUCGUAUUUAUUUUCCA